AAAAAACAUAAGCCUCUUUCUUCACACUACAUAUCACUUGAAGCUUGCUUUUAAUUGAAUAAGUUCAUCGAUCAUGAAGAUUCAUCUCAAGACAUUCUUUCAUCAUGCUAAGCACAAUAUUCUUCUCCGCCAAAGAUCGACUACAACCACUUCAUCAGCAUCAACAAAGUUAACAGAUGUUCCCAAGGGUCACAUGGCAAUUUAUGUUGGAGAGAGCGACAAUAAUACGCAUCGUUUUGUGGUUCCUAUCUCUUGCUUGAAGCAUCCUUCAUUUCAAGACUUGUUGAGGCAUGCAGAGGAGGAAUACCGAUUUGAUUAUCCAACGGGAGCCAUUACUAUCCCAUGUAGUGAGACUGCAUUUCUCAGUGUCACUUCUCAUUUGAAUGUCAUUACCAAUUAAUUAGGAGGUGCAGAAGUAUAGUUCUUCAAUCAGUACCUAUUAACGGAUAAUAUUUGUUAUCCUUCAGUUUAGGAGUUUGUUAUUAGUUCCCAUUUUCUAGUUAUCUGCUGGCUCGAUAUUACCUAGAUACUUCCUGUAUUCUAGUACUCAUGAUUUAAUUCAUUUAGGACUUCCGAUAGUUUCAUGUAUACUUGUUGGUUAGAAGUUUAUUAGUUCAUAGAUUACAACAGUCCUAACUUUACCUGGAUAUUGGACAUAUUUCCUUGUAAUAUCUCAGUUG